AUGCGAAAGAACUGUUUUAACGAAAGUGUCACUUCUGUGGGAAAUUCUUGGGUUGUGUGUAGAUCCAAAUCGCAUUCCGGGCGAAUAUAUUACUUCAAUACAUUGACUGGAGAAGCAGCAUGGAAUCUAAGUGAAGCUGAGAUUGAAAAAGCUAAAAAGACUACUAAAAUUAUUGAAAAUACUGGAGUCCGGAUUGAAGGUUAUCCCGAGCCAAGUGAUCCUCCACAUGAUCCGGCUUAUGCUAUUCAUUCAUUCAAUAAAUGUGCAACCAGUAAUCAACCUAAGCAACAGCAUUUAAUUUCACCAUUUACAGGAGUUCAGUGUUCUUGUAAUCAUUCAAACCCUAUGAAUAAUGUUGGUUUAGGAAUUCCUAUUGCAUCAGGAUUGAAUCCUAACAUUUGGAAUUUUCCUGUAGCUCAACAACUGCUUCUUGCAAAUACCAUUCCUUCAUUGUUAAGUCAGACUCCAUCCACAAUAAUAAACAUGCCUAAUAAAGUAGAUGAAAAAGAAAUCAGAUAUGUACAAUCAACUGCAAUGCCACUAAACCAGCGUUUCAAAAAUCGGACUAUUAUUGGUAAUGGAUACAAUUCUUCAAAGAAAAUUAGAAAAUUUAAUUCUUGGAAGAAUAAUAAAACAGGCACAAGAAGUUUCCAUCAUUGUAGUACACCUAAAAAUGAUUUAAGGCAAUUAUUAUCAACCAGAAGGCGCAGAAACUCUUCUAGCAAUAAUACCAGUUUACUCAAUGCUGUCCCUCAAAAUUCUGGUACUGAAACAUGUGACAAGGAAAAGUCUGAUGAUAUACAAAAAGAUGCUGAUGACAUAAGCCCCCAAAUAAAAUUUAAUGUAUCAGGGCUUAAAAACAUUGCAAAACACAAUAAUGAUGAGGAUUUAUGGUAUAUUGUAACUGAUACAAAUGUUAUACUAAAUAACCAUAGAUUUAUAAAAACUUUGUUGGAUUCUGAUAAAGAAUGUCGUCUUAAGGUGCCUGAACAUGUUAUAAUAGAAAUUCGAAAUGCCAGUAGAAGUUCAAAUAAACGUGAAAUGAAUCACGCUCGUCGUGCCAUGUUCUUUUUGUCGCAAAAUAUUAGAACUGGUUUAGCUACCACUGCAAAGGAUCCCUUAAUGGCAAAUAAUACUGGAAAAUCUUAUAUUUUGGACUGUUGCUUGAAAUUGAUAGAUGAAAAUUAUCAUAUUGUUCUUUUAUGCAAUGAUAAAGAACUUCAAAAUCAUGAAAAAGCAAAACGAAUACCUAUGUUUACUCUAAAUGAAGUUAAAGCGCUUUUAAGUACUAGUGUAGAAGAUGACGACUCUCAGCCCAGUGUAAUAUCGUUAUCAAAUAAACCUCUCAUUAAGAUAACAAUAUCAAAUAACCAAACUGAUACAAAAAACGAAAAUGUUACUCAAUCUCAGGAAAUACAAUUAACACCGUUUGAAAGCACAAAAAUAAAUAAAGAAAAAAGCAAAAUGGAAGCUAUAAGUGUAGGGGUUAAUUCAAACAAUUUAACAGAAGUAAGAACUAUGGUUAAUGUUGGAGUCCAAACCGAAUUUUUAUUCGAUCAGUCCUCUCAGACUUCUAGUGCCCAAAGUGACAAUCAGCCUAUGUCGGUAACAAAUUUUAAAAAUUCAGACGACAAGCAAGACAAAUUAGAUUCUGAUGGGCCUUCAGAGGGAAAAGAAAUUAAACUGAAUCGUAGUAAAUCGGACCAAUCGUCUAAAAAUGCAGAUGAUAUCACAGAAAAGACAAGUUUCAAAUGGCGUAGAAAGAGGCGUAGAUCUCUUCUUGAACGUUUCAAUGUCCCUCAUGAACAAGAUAUGAACAUAUCUCAUGCAUCUAAUAGCACAGUAUGUAAUAAAAGAUUAAAACAGGGCGAAAAUUCUGAAUUAGAAAAACAGUCGCCUGGUCAUGUAUCCAGUAACAGCGAAUCUCAAGUUUCGGUAGGUAAUCACCAUAGCUUUGUUGAUAAUGUAAUAGUAGAAGAAACUUCGACAUCAGGAAUCAUAUCGAAUACUAACAGUAAUAAUGAUUCUGAUAACGAAUUAGUUGAAAACUCACAAAAAGAUAUAUUAUCUAUUUCUUGUUCAAAUAAAGAAACGGAAACGGAAAAUUAUAAAAAUGUUAUGUUCGAAAUAACUAAUCAAGCUAUAGAAGAAAAUUUAAAAAGAAGAUGCGAUGAAUGGGUCUCCCGGUUUAUUCAAAUAAUGGAAGAAGUUUUAACACAAAUUUUACAAAAAGAUCCCUUAUGUUUCCCUAAUUCAUUGUCACCACCGUGGACUCUGUUUGAAGCGACACAAUGUAUUAAAAUGAAAUUUCGUAUGGACUGCGAUAUAGUUGAUGCUGCAACCAAAUUAUCUGAAGUUCUAAUGAAAAUCAGUGAUAAAAAAGGUACAAUAAAUAUAAAUAUGGAUCCACAUAUGUAUAUGGAGAUGUACAGUUUUGGUGUAUAUUUAAUUGACACAUUGCAAGCUGCAAAUAACAACAGUGAAGAUCUUCAAACAGCUGCUGAAUCACUUGCGAAAUUAUUAAGCGAUAUUCAAAAUCCGAAUGCAGACACUAGUCAUAACGACUCUUUUGCUGAUAUAACACGGGAAGACGAAGUUGUUUCAGAUAAAAUUAAUAUUGAUAACACAGAGACAGAGGUUGAUGAGUAUUCUCCCGCUGCCCAUCAAGGUGAUCUCUACUCACCAGAAAAACUGUCUUGUAGUAAAUCACUGGAUUCUCCACUCAAAUAUAAUCUACGUUCACAGUGGAAAAGAACAGUUCAAAAAAAUAAUGAUAAGACUGUGGUUCGAUUUAAAAAAACAGAUCCAGAGACUACAUUUUUCUCAAGCUUGAAUCUACAAAAGAUAAAUGAAGCCAAUGAAAAUGAAGUGUCUCCUGUCAUUGAGCCUCAUACACCAUCUAGCGAUCCACCGACACAAUGCACUGGAUUAAUGUUAAAUAACGGAGAUCAUGAGUCAAAUAACAAAAAUAUUGCAAAUGAAGCAAAAUCGCCAAUGCAAAUGGAAGUGAGUGAACCAAAGAUUAUAAGAAAUUUCACUAAAUGUCUUGAAUUUGAAGAAAAACUUAAAAAUAAAGAAAAAAAAAUGUUAGGAUUGCAUGAAUUACAUGACACCACUGAGCCAUGCUUAGAUUACGAAUAUAUAGAGGAUGACUAUAUAUCCCAAGAUGAAUAUGAGAUUUACGACGAAAUAGUAGAAAAUGAUAAUGGAAAUGAGUUUCCUGCUGAAAAUGGACACAACAUGCCGUUAAAUAUUGGUGGAAACCAUAAGUUUAAGACAAUUAUUCAUAGAAUUUUAUUCGAAAUAAGGGAGACAUUUCACGUUAUUUACGCUUUUUGUGAAGAGUCACAGAAGCGACUGAAAGCUGAACCCGAAAAGAAUCACGGAGAAAUACUAAUAAAGGCCAAGGAAACUCAUUCCCAUAUAAGUAAACUUUGUAAUGCCUUAAAUAGUAUAUGCAAUAGAGAUGCGGAUACCGCACAUAAUAAUAUAGCAUCGAUUUUAAAGUCAGAAGUUGAAGGUUUCGAGUUAGAAGAAAGUGAUUUGCAGGAAUACAGGGCUCUAAUGGCAAAAUGUGAAAAUCAAGCUAACAUACUUCGUGAAACGGUUGAAACAAUUAUGAAUCACGUAGAAAGAUAA